AUGCCGAAUAUUCUGAGACAGUUUACGCUUUCUGCCGCAGAGAAUGCUCUGGAGACAGCUAUUGCCGUAAUAGCGGAUCAGGAACACGAGCAUUACUCUAUAUACGAGUAUCGAGAUACCUGGAAGCUCAUUUCAAACAAUGCAUCUCACGCGAAGGUCUUUGGCCAAGUGGGUUUCGAGUACGGUGCCCAUGUCAGAGGGGAGGCAUACAAGCCCGGCAAAUGGCCUCUUCUGAGCUUGAUGAUUCCCAAAAUCCAAAUUUCUCUACACAAGGACAGAAUCGAUGUGUUGGGGUAUGACGAGGAGGAAACCAAGGCAAUUUGCAACUCGAUACAGAAGCACCCCAACUUGUCUGCCGCCGGCAAUGCCGAAUCAUCUUGCCAAAGCAUCGACUUACGAACGAACUUGGAGAAAUAUAUGUCUCGAGUCGGGAAAGCAAUAUCUGACAUCCGGAAAGGUCUUUACAACAAUGCAGUCCUGUCCCGAGAGAUCAGCGUUCCGUUCCGGGUUGACAUGCUGGCUACUCUCCGCCGUAGUCGCCUGCCGAAUACUCCGGCUCGGACUUUUUCUUUCAACCAUAUGGGUCUCCAGGCAACUGGAUUCAGCCCGGAAGUGCUACUCGCUGUUCAAGACGGAAAUGCAUCAACUGAAGUGGUAGCUGGAACAUGCACAGCCAAUGAAGCCGAUCUUUGUGCGAGUCAGAAGAAGCUGUUGGGCGACCCCAAAGAAGUCAUGGAGCACCUGACGGUGAUAAGAGGCUUCAACGGGCAGCUUGGAGUCUCAUGCAUCCCAGGCAGUACGCGGAUUGAGGAUCUUAAUGAUGGGUGGGAUGUACUUGCCCAUAUGCUGGGGUCUGUGACGUCGCCGUCGCUACUAGCAGAGCUGCGCGAUGAUAUAGUGCAAGGCCUCGAACCUUGCCUAAGGGACCUCUACUUUGGUGCAUUUGUGAUGUUUGACCUGGAGUUGGACUUUUUUGAUUCUGCACUUGUCCUUCGCACAGUUUUUCAGGACGAGAAGCGGCAGUGGCUGCGAGCAGGUGCGGCAGUUACGAAAAACUCUACGCCUGAACGAGAAUUUGAAGAGACCUAUGAGAAAUUGGAAAGCAUAGCAUCUCAUGCCAUCACGGAUGCGACUCUGUAG